GUGUCGCUUGGGGGGGGGUGGGGCAGUUCCGCUGAUUGUGGUUCACGGAGGGCAGAGCGGCCAGAGGUUAAACUUCCUCCUUCAGGCUCGUGUGGAUGAGAAGCCUGUGGAUUUUACGUAAGAAGGUAGCUGAACGGGCUGUCGUUUUGUCCUUAGCUGGAGACGCGGUUGGGCCCCCUUCCUGCCCCAGCAGGCGAGGGACCCCCUUUCUCCUUGCAGGCGUGUCAGCCCCGGGAGUCGCAAUUGGUAGCUAAACGGUGGGUGGGGUGCGAUUACAGUUUUGAUAAAGCAGUGAAAGAAACCCUGGAUUGUGCUUCGUGGGAGCUCAUCGGAGGACGUUUCCUUGGGUGAGGAUGCGCGGUGUACGUGCGGUAAUAACGCACUGAGAGAUAAUAGUGGUUUUUUCUCCUAUUUUUUCCUUGCCUCCGGCCACCCUUGUUGAACAUCUAGUAGGAGCACAGAAAUGAAGGCAGGCUGUCCCAUCGUGGAGAAACCAGAAGGAGGCGGAGGCUACCAUUUCCCUGACUGGGCGUACAAGACCGAAUCCAGCCCGGGCUCCCGCCAGAUCCAGCUUUGGCACUUCAUCCUGGAGCUGCUGCAGAAGGAGGAGUUCCGGCAUGUGAUCGCCUGGCAGCAGGGCGAAUACGGGGAGUUUGUCAUCAAGGACCCGGACGAGGUGGCUCGGCUGUGGGGCCGGAGAAAGUGCAAGCCCCAGAUGAACUACGACAAGCUGAGCCGGGCUCUCAGGUACUAUUAUAACAAGCGGAUUCUCCACAAGACUAAAGGGAAGAGGUUCACCUACAAGUUCAACUUCAAUAAACUCGUGAUGCCCAGUUACCCCUUCCUUAACAUCCGGCCCACCGGCGUUGUGCCACAGAGCGCUCCUCCCGUCCCGACGGCUUCCUCCCGGUUCCACUUUCCCCCUCUGGAGGGCCAGUCGCCCACCGAAGACUCCCAGCCGAGCCGCUUCUCCGGCAGACCCCUGGGGCCGCCGGGCCAGGAGACCCUCAGCAAUGGCAGCGUGGACGAGAAGUCAUCUCCGGCGCUGGAGCUGGAUGGAAGCUCUCCGGAUUGGCACCGCGGGGUUGAUCUCCUGGCCUCCCGCAACACGGCGGCCGCCUCUGGCGCGGUCGGGCACCCGAAACGCAAGUCGGACCUGGUGCUUCCACUCUUCGGCCGGGCUGGGCUCUAUCCAGACGCGCACAGCCCCUUCGCCGGGUCCCCUCUCCCUCCCCGUGGGGGGGUCCUCAACGUGCCCCUCUCUCCCGCCUUGUCGCUGACGCCCACCCUCUUCUCCUACAGCCCCUCCUCGGGCGUGAGCCCCUUUGCGGCCAGCAGCAGCUGCUUCUCCUUCAACCCGGAGGAGAUGAAGCAUUACUUGCACUCUCAGGCCUGCUCCGUCUUCAACUACCACCUCAGCCCGAGGACCUUCCCUCGCUAUCCGGGCCUGAUCGUGCCCCCUCUGCCGUGCCAGCUACCCACUGAGGAUCAGCCUCAGUUCCCCAUUAAGCUGCAGCCCCCGCCUGCCGGGCGCAAAAACCGGGAGCGACACGAGAGUGGUGGGGGCUCCGGGCCUCAGCCCCUCGCGUCACCCCCCCGGGUUAAGCUGGAGCGGGCUUUGGAUCAGGAGCCAAGCGGCGUCGAUUCCCCGGAGAGGGUCCCGGCGGGGUGGGAGGAAGAAGUGGGCACAGCCCCUCUGCCCCGGCGUCCGGAGCCGCGAGAGAAGACUCUCUUCCUGCACCCGGCUGCCCCCGCUUGGCCCGGGGCCUCUCUCGUGCCCGGCCCGGUCAGGAAGCUCAAGCAAGAGGAAGGCGCUGCUGAGAAGCUGCCUGCCCAAGAACCCGGGGGGGAGCCCGGAGCCCCCGAGAGGAGGGAGGACGCCGUCAUGCCCCCCAAGCUGCGCCUGAAGCGUCGCUGGAACGGAGACCGGCUGGCCGAAGCCGCCGAAGAGGCCCAGAGCAGGAAGCCCUCGUGGGCCAGCAGCCUGGACACGCCGCACAUCCUCCUGGCCCCCAAGGCCGCAGUGGAUACUUAGAAUGA